GUGUGGGGAGCAACUCGGACUAGACUAAGUUACUGGAAUUAAGACUUACUCUAUGCAUCUGCUCUCCCACAAUAUGGCGCUGGGAGAGGAGGAAACAGCUUCUACGCAGCUGCCUCUUGCCAACUUGAGUGAUGACCUCCAGGAGCUGAUCCUGCUCCUGAUUGGAGGAGAGCAGCGUACUCGGCGUGUGGGCAGCCGAGUUGGGAUUGGUGGAAGAGGACUAUAAAGGAGGAGAGAGACAACAUGCACCAGGAACAUCUAAGGGGAACAUCUAAGAGGAACACCUGUGCAGCCCCCGAGAGAGCCGGCCGGCGGUGUGCCGCUCCCCCGCGGAAGUGGGGAAUGUGGCAGGGGGAACCGCCCUUCCACGGAGGUGGAAGGGAUGGUAGCCAACCCGGGAAGAACCAGCAGCAAACCCGGGGAGGGCCGAGCAGACGAAAGAACAACGCAGGGUCCUGUGUCGUUCCUCCACGAAGACGGGGAGUGACACCAUAGCACUUUGGAGACCCCUGGGACUUCAGGUCAAUGUGGCCAUAGGCUGCUACCAGAGCUGUGACCUUUUUCUUAGUCCUUCUUUCUUGGUUUUGGGUUUCCUCCUGGUCCUGACUGUAGAAGACAAGAAUGAGGACCUUCAGGAGAUUUUCUUUCUUUCUUCUUCUUCUUUUUUUUUUUUUUCCAUUAAAGAUGUCAUUUAUUUAUUUGAGAGACAGAGUUACAGACAGACAGAGGGAGAGACAGACAGAAAAGUGGUCUAUCUACUGGUUCCUCCCCAAAUGACUACAACAGCUGGAGCUGGACCUUAUCCAAAGCCAGGAGUCAGGAGCUUCCUCUGGGUCUCCCACAUGGGUGCAGGGACCCAAGGACUUGGGCCAUCCUCCACUGCUUUCCCAGGCCAUAGCAGAGAGCUGGAUUAGAAGAGGAGCAGCUGGGGCACAAACUGGUGCCCAUAAGGGAUGCUGGCACCACAGGUGGAGGCUUAGCUUACUAUGUCACAGUGCUAACCCCAGGAAAUUUUCUAAUGUAUUUCAGGUCCUGUUUUUAAGCCUGUUUUUAAGCUUUCUUCUCAUAUCUGUGGCUGACAGAAUAUUAGGAUACUUAGGAUGCCUGUUCUUUUACUGACUGGGAGAUAGAGAGCUAUGUUUGACUGAAGCCUGUCUCAUUCUCUCUAAGAAGGCUGAGGGAUUCUCCUCAGGGCCCUGGUCUAUCAUUGAUAACUCAUAGUAUUUCAAGAGCAUGAUCCUCCGCAGUCUCUCCAAGACACAGGAAAUGAGAUGCUUUAACUUCUAGUCAUCUAUAGAAUCGUCUGGUUUUCAUUUAGGGUAAGCUUCCCCUGAGGAGCAGCCUGCCUUCCUAUGUGAUAUAUUGACCCUUUGCCUCCCUGAUCAGGCAAGGAUUUAAAAUCCAUACAAAAUUCACCCCCAAAAGUUUCUGCAGCUUGGAGAGUCACCUGUUUCUUCAUCUCUGUUAGAGUCUGGUUGAGGAGUGAUAUUACAUCUUCCCAGGAGAGAUCAUAGACUUGAAUUAAACUCUGGAAAACCUCUAUGUACUUACCAGAGCCACCUGAAAAUCUUCCCAAGUCCCCUGUAUCUGUCUAAGUCUCCUGCAGAUCAAAGGGGACUUUGACAUGUGUGGGGCCACUGAGCCUUCCAGGAAUUUCCUGGGAGGGGAAAAUAGAAGUCAGCACUCUGGUGUUCCACUUGCUGCCAGUUAGUCCCAGAUUGGGUGGGUAGAGGGUGGCAAAUGAAGGAACAGCAACAUUAGGGGUAGAGAUUGAUGUACUGUGCUCCGUAGUAGAUGCAGGGGAGUAGGCAGUUGGAAUCUUGAGGGUAAAGAGUUGACAAAGAUCCGGCUUAUCUGAUAGGGCAAAGAAAUCCUGCAUAUAAGGGAUUUCAGACCAUUUUCCUGCCUGUGACAAAAGAAAUCCAGUUGGAAGAUGGUAUUAUGGUUAAUACUUCCUUCUGGGGAAGUCUCUUCAACCUCCACCUUGUAUCUUUGCCAUGCUGUGGUGUAGAAAAAAACCAGGUAUUUUUUUUUCAAGGUUUGAGGAUCAAAAGGAUUCCAGUGCCUGAUUAUACACUCUAAAGGGGUACAUGCUGAAGAUGGCUUAUUAUGCAUCUGAAACAAGAGAACAAGAAAUAAAGGCAUCCCUAAGUUUUUGCCUCUCCCUGCUAGAGGUAUCCCUCAAGUUCCUGGCUUUGAGAGCAUGAUGUCCUGGAGCACACAGCAGGGAGAGGUCAGAGAACAGGAGCAGAUGGUCUUAUCUGCCCCUCCACCCCUUCCCUUGAUUCCCUGGGCUGUGAACACCCUCCUUAGGUCACCUUAUGGUUUGCCAUGAUUGGAAGGCUAGGAUCUGAAGCUGGGCUUCCUUAAAAAGCCCUAAACUAGGACUCCAAAGGCAAGGAUUUGCAAGGAGUCCCCAGUGCCAGGGUGAUUGGACAAGAUUACUAGUGGGAAGAGAGUCUUGGGAGGAAGAAGAAAACUUGCCCCACAGGUCUAGAUCCAAAGAGAGGGCUAUCCAGAGAACCUGCUGGAAGUAGGUCCAAACAGAAGUCCCUGGACAAGUGCCAUCCAGUGGCUGGCUGUAAUAGAGAGUGUGGGCAUGUCUAGUCCACCAUGUCUUUGGGGAGUCAAAUGACCAGUAUGUAAAGAAACAACUAGAAGGAACUGGUGAUCUUAGCCUACAGAAGGCACCUAAUGGUUUGCUGGGAGGUAAUUUAGGUGCCUCAGGUUGAAGAGAUCUCUAGGGAGGAAGAGUGGAGAGGUUGCAAGGCAAAGAGAGCAGCGAGAAGUCAUGAAGAGUAAGGCAUGGAGACAAGAGGAGCACUGGAGAAGGUGGUUGAGUAGAGAUGAGCAGAGAAUAAAAUUGUCUCUGAGUGACAUGCUGAAUGCAUUGAUGUAAAGGCUAAAACAAUCAGUCAUGUGCACCCCUGGUUAUGGCCCCUGCAAAGUGGGUUUCACCAAUGUGUCUUAUGAAUGGGUUAUUUCAAAAGUAGGCAAACUGAGGAUUCUACAAGGGAUGGUGUGGCGUCCCAGCACCAGCAAGAAGGACUGAGGGGACUGCGGAGAAAAAGGCCCCUGCAACCCAGGGAGCAUGCAGCAGUGGAAGAGGAGAGGGGCCUCCUCUGAGAGCCAUGAUCUCUCAUAGAGAAGCAUCAGUCCCAGUGCAAAGAUAGAGGGAGGAAGGCAGCCCUCUUCUGACCUUCGACUCCUCCUGUCAGUACUCUCCAUUAGCAGGGCCCAGUGAGAGGACAAGGGCAAGACCUCCCCACUGUGGUCCACGUAGGUUCAGAACUCAUGGUCUAAAGCUGAGGUAGAGAGGAGUGAAGAGUGGGCACGGAGGAACCAGCAGGAAACACCCAGCACAUGCAGGCUUCAGCUAUUCUCUCUCUCUCUUUUUAAUAUUUAUUUAUUUGAAGAGUUAAAGAGAGGGAGAGAGACAGUGAGAGAAUCUUCCAUUUGCUGUUUCACUCCCCAGAUGGCUGCACAGCCAGGGAUGAGUCAGGCCAAGGCAAGGAACUCUUCCAGGUCUCCCACGUGGAUGGCAGGAGCCCAAGCACUUGGGCCGUCUUACAUUGCCUUCCCCAAGCCAUUAACAGGGAGCUGGAUCAGAAGUGGAGCAGCUGGGACAUGAAUGAACUGGCCCCCAUAUGGGCAAUGGCUUCACCUGCUACACCACAACCCCAGGCCCUCUAUUCCUUUUCCACUGGAGUGAAGUACCUUCCCCUCCAUACUUGGGUGAUUUCUGUGAUUACUUGUAGGCUGUUUUCUCUUUGCUUUACGAUGUUUUUUCAUAACUUGAUUCCAUUUCAAAGGGGGAAGUGCUGCAUAGACAGGACUUGCCUUCCCACUUCUGGGAAGCCUGUUGUUAUUUUAAUCCGAGGAAUGACAGCAGGGGAUAUUAGUGCUCCGUGAUAGGGCCGGUGACAAAGGAGGUGAAAUGCUCAUCAUUUCCCUGGGAAUCUUUGCCUUUAUGUCAUCCAGUCGCUUUUACAAGGAUGUUAGGAUUGUCCACCCCUGGUGUACAAAGAUGUCUUUAAGGACAUUGCGACAUUUCUUCUGGGAAGGAAUACACUAAAUGCCCUAGUUCAUAAACCUGACUGCUUUUGUAUUGUGUCUUGUUUCUUUCAAAGAAUUUUGACUGAUUUAAGGGAUCUAUCAGAGGAGGAGGAGAAUUGAUGCAUCUAAUUAGGAGAACUAUGGUGGAGUGAGUCUUUACCUUGAUACAGUAGAAUGAUAUUUUCCUCAGGAGAGGAAGGAAGGUCCUAGGGUAGGGUAGAUGCAGAAGAGCCCAUUUAACAAACUCCUGCUUCUGCUGCUCUGUUUUUCCCUACGGAAGUGGUUGCUCUCCUGUCACUGGACAGUUCCUGUGGCACAAGGCUUGACACAUUCCAUCUCUGUGAACCUCCAGGGAUUGAGGUCUGCUUCAUGUUGCUCCUGUGGCGUAAAACUGGGACAACAGCAGGAUGAAGGGUCUACACCUGGGCGUCAUGCUCACCAUUCAUGUCGAUUGGACUUUGGGGAAAUUUAGACACAAUGGGGCCCUGAAUAGGUGAGUUAAGGAGUGAGAAAGAUUCCUGGAGCCAGGUGUGCUGUUUCCAGGAAUAUUGGGGCUGGGGCAGAGCGUGCAGUUAGGGGGAAGGAUAGGGAAGAAGCCUCCUGGUUUGUUCCUUGGGUCAAUGGAUUUUAUGGUCGAUGACAAGUUCCUAAGGAGGCAACCGAUGUGUAACAGCCACUUCUGGGUCCGACAUGUUCUCCACACUGAACAGAGCUCUCCUUGCUCCCCUGGGAACAGCAACUUAGCUUUCUUAACAUCUAGAAACCUUGAAAAGUGGUGGUAGACUCGUUCAUAAAUUUCUCUUGAAUAUGAUUAUUCAUAAGGAAGACAGGGCCUAGAAAAUAUACCUGAUGAUACUGAUAUUUCCACCUUGUGAAAAAUCCACUGGUUCUUCAGGGGUUUGGCAACAAAACAAAGUUUAUUUAAAUAUUUCAAAACACUGCUUUGUUGAACCUUGCCAGGUUUUUCAUUUGCUAACCUAGCAGUGACAAGGCUAACAUUGUCUUAUAAUUAGACUUCUACCUUCUUAGGAGAUCUUAAGGAAAUUCCAGAAAUUCUGUGGGUGCUAUCAUUGCAGGCAUUCCACAGAGAAAAACAAAGCAAAGUAAAACAAAGCAUAACCUAGCAUUAUUCUAUGAUGACAGCUACUGUCAGAAGUAGAAGGUCAAGAAAAUGUUUCCUUGAAUGGAGCUAAUUAUUCUGUGAAAAAUAACUAAACCAAAGGCUUCUCAAGAUAACUACUUAGGCAUCUUUGAGUACAAAGUCUUUCAUGGACUCAUUUUCACUCCUCACUCUUGGGUCAAAAAAUGUAAUUUCAUGUCUGGAAUCUCAAAAAAGAUGUAAGACCAUAAGCCCUCAAAGUUAUGAUAUUUUUUGCAGGAUUGUGAAGCCUGUCUUUUUCUGCAUAGGUAAUGUAAAGUUUUACCAGUGAAUUGGAGUCAUUUAUGUGGGAUCGAAUCUCAGGUGUUUGGGGAUAUUUGGCUUUAUACCCAUCCAGGUAUUAAACACUUGACAGGUGUUGUGUCAGUUUUCAGGAAGACCCAAGAAUCCCUAUCACCUAGUGCCUCUUCCUUCCUGUAGGUUCCUCCCACACUAACUGGACAGGACCUUUAACACCAAUAUGGACAUUGUGGGGGAGGCCAGUGUUUGACUUUCACUCAGAAAUAUGCUGAGGUGUUCACCUUGCUCUCUAUUUCCCUCUCCCUGGGGGAAGGCACCUGCGAAGCUGCAAAGAAAAUGGAAAGGGGCUGAGCUUUCCUGUUGCACUCAGCACUGACUUGUCAGCCACAGGGUGAGGCUUUCUGGAAGUGGAUCCUCUGCCCAGUGACUUGUGUGCAGCUCCAGUUGACAUUCUGACAGUAACCUUACAUAUAUGCCUGGUUGUUCCAUUGAACCAGCUUCCAAGUUUUGGCCAAGACACUGGGUGACAAAAAGAAAUAUGUAUUGCCUUUUCAAACAGUUGACAUUUAGGGAAUUCAUUAUUUGGCAAACAUAAUUAAUUACCAAGUGAGAUUAUUAACUAGGAAUCAGAAGUAGCUAUUAAGAAUUACCAGAAUAGGAGCUGAGAUGGGGCACAAACUCAGAUAAUACAGUAUUCUUUCAUUGCACAGUUCUUACUCAGAUGUAGGAAGUGAUUCAAGGGGCCAGCAUUGUGGUGAAAAGGGUUAAGCUCCGACAUGAGCACCAGUUGGAGUCCUGGUUGCACCAUUUCCCAUCCAACUCCUUGCUCAUGCCUUGGGAAAGCAGUGGAAGAUGGCCCAAGUGCUUGGGUCCCUGCCACACACGUGGGAGACCCAGAUGGAAUUCCAUGCUCCUAGCUUUGGCCUGCCCCAGCCCUGGGCAUUGUGGCCAUUUUGGGAGUUAACUAGUGGAUGGAAGAUGGGAAGAUUCUCUCUCUCUCUGUCUCUCUCUCCCUGCAUCUCUCUCCUGCCAACCUGUAACUCUGCCUUUCAAACAAAUGCAUAAAUCUUUAAGCAAAUAAUUUGUAACAAUAUAAAAAAUGUGAUUCAAAAAGACUGACUUUGGGGAUACUGAUGUGUAAGCAGUACAUGAGAUACAGCAGGUCAUGAAUAAAUGAAGGGACACGAAAUGGGAUAGGGAAAGAUGUUUGUUUGCUAAAUUCCUAUAGUCUGCUUUACUAGUAACCAGGGCUUAGAAGGUAGAUCUAGGUAACUAUAAAUUAUUAUUUUUUAAAUUUAUUUUAUUUGAAAGAAAGGGAGAUCUUCCAUCAGCUGAUUCACUCCCCAAAAUGGCCACAAUGGCCAGACUGUAGCCAGGAACCUGGAACUCCAUGUAGGUCUCCCACACUGGUGGCAGGGACCCAAGCACUUUGUCCAGACUCAAGUCAGGAACCAGGAACUCAGUCCAGUUCUCCCACAUGGGUGGCAGAUGUCCACAUUCUGGAGCCAUCAUCUGCUGCCUUUUAAGGUCUGAAUGAGCAGGAAGCUGGAAUCAGGAGUGGAGCUGAAUGUCCUGACCUGUGGCUAAACCACCAGGCCAAAUGCCUGACCUUGGAGUUAAUUUUCGAAGAGUGAAACACCAAGCAAUUUAUAUCCAACUGAGAAAUGCUUAGGUUGGUCUUCAGGCUACCAAGGCUUUGCACUAUCACUCACCACAUGCUCACUCAUGAUAGAAAUUGCUGAUGGGUCAGAGCACACAUUCCUAAAGAGUUUUGAAGACAAUCUCAGCUUCUCCAAGAUGGAAUGUCAGGUAACUUAUAUGGGGAACUAGGGAGAGAGUUACGUGGGAGUACAUAAAGCUGAAGGAAUUUUUUUCUUAAUUUUCUCUGUAGCAUUGCAUUGUAAUUCCACCCCUUACCUGUCAAUCCAGUUUGCCCACUCUCCCAUGAUGCAGCUGUGUCAUGUUUGGGGCCAGGAUGGAGGAGGCGCCAUGAUAACCACAUGAAAGUUAAGCUCUAUGUGGAUGCUCCAUGAAACCCCCAGAAACUAAACCCUAAACUCCACCCCAUUUGCAUAUUCAAUUAAGGCACCAUCUCCAGUCUCACAAAACAGACUGAUAACAUGGGAGUGGCGCCUCUUUGGCUCUUGGCUUCUGGAUCAUGCUUAUGGGUCUUUCUCUGGCCUCCUCCUACUCUCUCUCCUCAUAGGCAACCCUCUGGCCCACUCAUGACAGGCCAGCACUCCAUGUGGGGUGGCCUACCCUCACAUGUGAAUGUAUAUUCUCGCUCUUAAGUAAACCCUAUUCUCACUUGUGCAAUUUAAAUAAGAUUUUAUUUAUUUGAGAGGUAGAGUUACAGAUAGUGAGAGAGUGAGAGAGAGAGAGAGAGAGAGAGAGAAAGGUCUUCCUUCUGUUGGUUCACUCCCCAGAUGGCCGCAAUGGCUGGAGUUGUGCCGAUCUGAAGCCAAAAGCCAGGUGCUUCUUCCUGAUUUCCCAUGUGGGUACAGGGGCCCAAGCACUUGGGCCAUCUUCCACUGCUUUCCCAGGCCACAGCAGAGAGCUGGAUUGGAAGAGGGGCAGCCGGGACUAGAAUCGGCGCCCAUAUGGGAUACCGGCGCCGCAGGUGGAGAAUUAACCUACUGGGCCUCUGCCUCUGCUUUGAAUUCUUGAACUUGGAAUAAAAAAUGAGAUACAUAUAUAACCACCACUAAUUAUUUGAAACUACCACUGAAAGGAGUAGAAACACCUGGAGUGGAAUGUGUUGUCACCCUUACUAAGAAGGGAGCAAGGAGGGGAGAUAAUAUGGCAAAACCACGGCAAGAAUUAUGAAGGCACAGACUUCCACUGACAGAAGGGUGGGCUCCCGGGUCCUAGGAAGAAGCCCUCUGCUGCAUUACAACUAGCUGCUGAUACAUCGUUGUGAAGAUGUUUUAUAAGGAGCUGCUUUGUUUGUCAAGAAUGUGCAGGGGGCCUGAGAAGGAACUGAGAGCAAUGAAGAGGCAAGCCGAGAGUACAUUCUUUUAAGAUUUAUUUUAUUUGUUUGAAAGACAGAGUUACAGAGAGAAGUGGAGAGAUAUAGAAGUGGAGAGAGAAGUGGAGGGAGGGAGGGAGAGAGAGGGAGGAGAGAGGUUGGUCUUUCAUCUGCUGGUUCACUCCCCAAAUGACUAUGGCUGGAACUGAACUGAUCCAAAGCCAGGAGCCAGGAGCUUCCUCUGGGUCCCCCACGUGGGGCAGGGGCCCAAGGACUUGGGCCAUCCUCCGCUGCUUUCCCAGGUGCAUUAGCAGGGAGCUGGAUUGGAAGUGGAGCAGCUGGGACUUGAACUGGUGCCCAUGUGGGAUGCUGGCGCUGCAGGCUGUGGCUUUAACUCACUCUGCCACAGUGCUGGCCCCCUGAGAGCACAUUCUUACACCAGCUCUGGGGUGUCUCUAGUCCUGCACCCUAAACUUUGCAUGCCAGUUCAGCACACCUACUUUCCUGUGAUGCACUUGAGUCUUCCUGACCACGCAGGAGAUGAUAUGAUGAACAUGUGUGAACUGUGCUGCACGUGGAGAUGCCAUGAACAUUUUCUUGGAGGACAUCAUGUAGGCCAAACCCCACCCCAGCUCCACCCUGUUUAUAUAUUCAAUUGUGGCACCACCUCUACCUAAUAAGGGUGACUAGUAACUGGACAGGCGUCGCAGAUUCUGUCUUUCUCUCUCUCUCUCACCCUCACCCUCUCUUCCCAGGUAGAUUCUACCCAUGGGCAGCAUCUGUUCACACCAUGUCUGAAUGUGUACUCACUCUCUCCUCCCAUUCUUGCACUUUACUUAUGUCUCUGCUUUGAAUUCUUAUUUCACGGGGGGGGUGAGAACCUAGGAUACAACAGCUGGGGAACAUAUCCCUACAAUAGGAGGAAUAUUCAUUUCACAUCUGGAAGGAGAGUGGCAACUUCUAGAAUUUGGAAUCUACCUCUUUUCUCCUUGUGUGGUUGUCAUGACAACUGCAAACGGUUAUGAUGUAAAGAGAAGUGACUUUUGCUAUGCUAAUGCAUUAUAAUGAGGGUACAGUGAGGGUUUGGGUCUUCCUGGAGGUUGUGUUAGGUGCCAUGUUGGAUCUAGCUGGUUUGAAACAGUUCUUUUGCCUGUAUCUUGUUUUUCAGCCUACUUCCUGGUAGGUGUAACUGGGAUUGAUACAAAUUGUCUCACUUGGGACCUGCCACAAGCAUAGGAAACUCAGAUUGAGUUCUGGGUUCCUGGCUUCAGCCUGACCCACCCCUGGCUGUUGCAGAUAUUUGGGGAUAGAAAUAGCAGACAGAAGAUUUCUUGCUCUCUAUCUCUGCCUUUCAAAUAAAGUGAAAAUAAAUAUGUAAUAUUUUUAAAAGUUCAUAGAAAAAUGCUCAUUCUCUUAUUUUUUGCUUUAGAUUUAUUUAUUUAUUUGAAAGGCAGAGUUACAGAGAGGCAGAAGCAGAGAGAGAGGUCUUCCAUCCGCUGAUUCACUCCCCAAAUGGCUGCAAUGGCCGGAGCUGGGCUGAUCUGAAGCCAGGAGCCCACAGUGGGUGCAGGGGCCAAAGGAAUUGGGCCGUCUUCCACUGCUUUCUCAGGCCAUAGCAGAGAUCUGGGUCAGAAGUGGAGCAGCCAAGAGUGAAACGGGCACCCAGAGGGGAUUCCGGCACUGCAGGCAAUGGCUUUAACCACUAUGCCACAGCUCUGGCCCCUCAUUCUCUUUUUAUUUGAUUUUUUCAUUAACAUUUUGAAGUCCCAGCCUAUAUUUUGCAUAUUUAUAACACAUUUAUUUAAGUAAAACACAGAAAAAUAAAUAAAACAACACAGUCUGCCUCCCUUGAUGGUAAACCUCAAACAACAACAACAACAACAACCAACCAAACAGAAAAACCCAUAAAACAUACGAGGGUUCUGGCAGGUGAGAUCAGGUGUAGGAGUUGAGUCAUCUGGUUGUAAUUGUUAAGCUUUAAAGUGAUUACUUUGCUUGCUAUGCUGCUUCCCUGUGAGGGAAAAUUAGAACUCUUGGCCCAGGGAGUAGAUGAAUACGUACGAUAGGACUCCCUGUUUGAGGGUAAGGAUUUUGAAAAGGAUUUUGAGGGCAAACAGGUCUGUGGUGUGAGAUUUACUUGGAUGGACAAGCAGAGUUGGGGAACAGAGGAAGCUUGCAGCAAUUGGUGAUGACCGGAGAGGCUGUGUCCACUUCCUUCCUCCACCACUUGCUCAACAGGCUCUCACUUCCUCACAGUCGUCAGCAGAGGUUUCGUGUUUCUUCUGUUCUGUUUCAUGAUAAAGGUUAUCUUCCAGUCUCUGACACUGCUGAUGAGAAUGCCCAAUGAGACCGCUCCUGCAGCAGAUAAUCAUCAUGGGUGUUCACUGAAAUCACUGUAUUCAAAUGUGAAAUAAUAAAGAUGAUCUCUGCAAAGGAGGCAAUCAUGUAAGAGUAUGUAUCUUCACCUGGACCAGUGGUAAUGGUACUAUGAGCAUGUGGGUUUUUCCUUUUCUUUUUUUCUGUCUCAGAAAGACACACAGCAAUGGAAGAUAGACAGGAGGUGAUGUCACCUUGGGAAUUUUGAUCAAGGGCAUAUGUAUCAGAGCCUCCACCAGAAAAAGGUCAGACCCUGGAAUUCAUGCCACUAUUAAAAUAAAGUAUAGGCAUUCCUCAUUUUGCAGCAAAAUGCAGGACCAUAAAAAAUGACCAUGCAAGCUGAAGCCAUGCAAAGCCAUCUUAAUGACCAACAGGAAAAAUUACAGUUGUUCUGUGACCUUUAAAAAUUUUUGUCCAAAUGUCAAAAAUCUUUUAUUGUCUGUUGUGAAUGUUCCAGGGAAUGGGAAAAAAAGGUAAAACUGAUAUUCACUAGAACUGUACACUGUAAAUGUUAGGCAGAUUGAGAAUUAAAGCAUUUUAUUUCUUUUAAAUGAAGAUUUAUUUGAAAGGCAGAGCUACAGAAAGAGAUAGAUACAUAGAGACACACACACAGAGAGAGGUCUGCAUCCAUUGGGUCACUCUUCAAAUGGACAUAAUGGCCAAGGUUGGGCCAGGCUUCAGCCAGGAGCCUGGAACUCCAUAUAUUUUCAGUUCAUUCACUUCUGUGGCCAAGUUCACCUUUAGUGGGCUCCUCUGGCUGCAUAUGUUGUCUCUUGAACAGCAGUGGUGUCCACAUACCCAUGGUAAACUAUUUCUUCUGUCACUUCAUUAAUGUGUGAUUGGAAAGUUACUUCUAGUCUUACUAUCUUGGGUUUCUGUGCUGUACUUCCAUUUUUACCAGCCAACCCCCUCUUUUAAGUUUCAUUUUUAUUCUCUCUUUUGAUGGUCUAUUUUUGUCCUUCACUCUUUGUGCUCAGUGUGUGAGUGGAAUCACAGAUGCACAGUGACCAAUCACCAGUAGACUAUGGAAGAAGCACUGUGAUUGAUCACCAGUCAUGGUGUGGCUCUGAUACUCAUGUGGACUCUGUGGACUGAAGAGCUAGCAGCAAAGUGUGUUCUUUUGGCAAUUGGUCAGUUAAUAUACCAUGAUAACUGCAAUUUGCAUCAUGAUAUUGGGGAGACUUCUAAUUGAAAUGCAUUAAUAUUGGAACUAUGCAAAGUGUCGAAUGCUUGACUUCAUCAUACGAUAGUGUCAUCUUAAUAUAAAAUUUUAUGUUUGGGGCUGGCACUGUGGGGUAGCCGGUAAAGCUGCUGCCUGCAGUGCUGGCAUCCCAUAUGCUUGUCAGUUCUGAGUCCUGGCUGCUCCACUUCUGAUCCAGCUCUUUGCUAUGGCCUGUGAAAGCAGUUGAAGAUGGCCCAACUCCUUGGGCCCCUGCACCUGUGUGGGAGACCUGGAAGAAGCUCCUGGCUCUUGGCUUUGGAUCGGCGCAGCUCUGGCUGUUGUGGCCAAUUAGGGAGAGAACCAGCGGAUGGAAGACCUCUCUCUCUCUCUCUCUGCCUCUCCUUCUCUCUCUGUGUAACUCUGAGUUUCAAAUAAAUAAAUCUUUAAAAAAAUUUUUAUGUUUACUUACAAAAAGCUAUCAAUAGUGAUACAUUAUAAUAAUAUAUAUUAAUCUCUUACACAAUUUCUCCCCAAAAUUUCCUUCCCAGGAUAAAAAAUUAUCUCCAAAGUAUUUUUAUUCCUAUAUUCUUAAUUUAAAAAAUGGUAGUAAAAUUUAUAGAUCUUAUAUUCCACACGUAAAUUUAAGUUAGUUUGUCCCUAACUGCACUUUGCUGCCAGUCUUGUAUCAUCUCUGUUUGGACUCAGUCUUCAUAAUGAGCAUCUCUUUCAGUGUCUCUGAUGGCCUCUUCGUAAACUCCUAUGAGCAUCAGGACGUCCUGUGAAUUCCACACUGAGAUGCCUUGCGUGGUCUGCCGCAGGGCCAUCUGCUGUUGACUCCACAAGUCUGGGAUGCUGCUCAUUUGCCCUUUGAUGGGAACAGAAGUUGGUCCUUGUGUUCAGGGGUGAUGUUUUGGGGUCUGUUUUAUAAGUAAUGAGCUUUACCAUGGGGCUGAUUUUUUUCUCCUUAAAAUGCAGGGAUUUGAGCAAUAGUCAGACCAGUAGGAAAACAGGGUUCGGUUGUUCCAUAGCAAGGAUGCUGAUGCUAAGGACGGAGGAGCCUUUGCAAGUGAAAUGUCACUGUAAACAUUGCUCACAACGAACUUGAGAGCUGAAUGACUUUAAGUCCUGAAUGUUUUCUGUGCUGCUUACAAGGGGGUGCAGUCCUUCCAGCCUCCCGGUCUUUUUUCUGCUUCUCAACUAUUUUGAUUCUGUUGUGUUGGCUUCAUUGUGAGACCAGCAAGGCAGCCAUAGUGCUCUAAUGUCACACUUAGCGAGUUUAAGUUCCUCAGGAAAGAGCUUUCUUCCUGAGGGAGCUCCUGUACCCUCGUGGAAUCCAGGCAGAGGGGCUCCCUGAGAUACCAGGGAACUACUAACUGACCGAGACCUUGUUGCCCACUCCAACCCUCGAACCAGGGGCUUCAGUAGAAUCCAAAAGAGCAGAAAGCAUAAACCAAAAAGACAGAAAAGUAAACACAGAGGUAAUAACAAACUUAAGAAGAGUACAUACAAGUCUCAAAGUGUGUUUCUGUAAAGUAUCUAACUAUGUAAUACAUACAAGAAAUAUAUCUAAAACAAAUUUACUUAGAGGUGUUAAGAAAAAAAGAAGAUGGUCAAAGAUUAGCCACGCAAACUAAAAGAAAAAAAUGAAUUGGGUAUAUUAAUUUCAGGUAAGGUUAAUUUUAAGGCAAAAACAUUAAUGCAUAGUGUCAUUUUAGACAAAAGGUAAAAUCUGCAUUGGAGAUUCAAUAGUGAAUAACUUUUUUGAACCCAAGUGUAAACAUUUGUUAACAAAGAAUUUAUUUAAUUAUUUGAAAGGCAGAGUUACAGAGAGAGAAAGAUCUUCCAUCUGCUGGUUCACUCCCCAAAUGGCCACAAUGGCCGGGGUUGGGCUGGGCUCAAGUCAGGAGCCAGGAGCUUCUUCCAGGUCUCCCAUGUAGGUUCAGGGAUCCAAGCACCUGAGCCAUCUUCAGCUGCUUUUCCAGGCAUAUUAGCAGGGAGCUAGAUCACAAGUGGAUCAGCCAGGACAUGACCCAGAGCCCAUAUGGGAUGCCAGUGUCACAGGCAGCAACUUAACUGACUACGCCAUACCAGCGCCCAAGUAUAUACUUUUAAAGCAUAUGGGCUGACUGAAACCCAAGAAUGUCUGGGCGUGGCAAGGGCGGGAAGGGCCUGGGCAAGGGCGGCGCCAAGCGCCACCGCAAGGUGCUGUGCGACAACAUCCAGGGCAUCACCAAGCCCGCCAUCCACCGCCUGGCCUGGCGCGGCGGCGUCAGGCGCAUCUCGGGGCUCAUCUACGAGGAGACCCGCGGCUUGCUCAAGGUCUUCCUGGAGAAUGUCAUCCGCGAAGCCGUCACCUACACGGAGCACGCCAAGCGCAAGACGGUCAUGGCCAUGGACGUGAUUUACGCGCUCAAGCACCAGGGACCCACGCUCUACAGCUUCGGCGGCUGAGCUGCCCCCGCGCCCCAGACCCCCACCCAAAGGCCCUUCUCAGGGCCAAAAAAAAAAAAAAAAAAAAGAAA